CAUCAUGGCUGCCCCCAAUUGGACGGGAUUACCGGCCCUAGCCCUUGAAAAUAUCUUCUCAUAUUUAGACAUCGAGGACCUACGGAACUGUUCUCUGGUGUGCAAGACCUGGUACAAGACUCUCAACGACGAAAACAAUGACGUUUGGCGUUUACACUGCGUUCGAAAGCUGGCGGAAGAGGCUUUAAAGUCUGACCUUCUUAGCAACGUCCCAACUUACAAAGCAAAACUGAGGGCAUUCUAUCACGCGUGGAACCCAAAUGAUUGCUCGAGAAACGUUUAUAUUAAACCCAACGGCUUUACGCUACAUCGGAACCCCGUGGCGCAAAGCUCAGACGGUGCUCGGGGAAAAAUUGGAUUUAGGCACGGUAGACACUGUUGGGAAAUAUGGUGGGAAGGUCCACUUGGGACGGUUGCGGUUAUCGGAAUAGCCACCAAAAAAGCCAGCGUCCAGUGUCACGGUUAUGUCCCCCUGUUGGGAGGGGAUGACCAGAGCUGGGGCUGGAAUCUAGUGGACAAUGAUUUAUUGCACAAUGGAGAUAGUCAGGGCAACUUCCCUCACGUGAAUAAUGCACCUAAAUAUCAGGUAGGAGAAAGGAUACGAGUUAUACUAGAUUGUGAAGACAACACCAUAGCAUUUGAAAAGAAUUAUGAAUUUUUAGGUGUAGCUUUUAGAGGACUACCGAGUCAGGAAUUGUAUCCGGCGGUAUCAGCAGUGUACGGGAACACUGAAGUGUCAAUGGUUUACUUAGGACAACCACUAGACGGAUAACACAUGCUGAACACAAAGAAAAACUUUGAUUAGGAAUUUUAGUGCCAUUUCUUACUGAAAUGGUAGAUGUUGAAGUGCAUGGCAUGUUACUCAAAGAUAGGUGGCAGAUGUCCACAAGACAGGCCACACUGCAUGUGUGUCUCUAAAGUAGGUGGACAUUGUCACAAGACAGGCCACAUUGCUAGGAAAAUGAACUGUGACUGUUGUGGAUGUUGUACAGAUGUGUGUUUAGGUUUUUUGUCCAGUAGGUGGCAGUCACACUCAAACCGAGCUGUUUUGGAAGUCUUAUCAUAUGCUAAGGAAGGAUGCAAGUACUGUAGAUGGCAGUCAUAUUCACGACGAGCUGUUUGGGUAGGAUUAUGUGUUUGUGAUUGGCAUAUAUAUAUAUACAUGAGAUAUAUAAGAUUUAGCUGGGUUUUCGCUCAGACAGUGAAAGUCACACUUGGUGUUACGUGUGUUGGCAGAAUCUAGUGUUUGAAACGGUUCUGUACAGAAAUGAAUGGCCGAAGUCCAAAGUCUCCACUCAUCAGACAUUGAGAGACAUUUACCUGUAGGAGAGGUAUUCAGUGCCACAAAAAUAAAAAUACCAGGGAUGGGAGAAUUUCUUCCUUUUUAUGAAGAAAAGAAAACCAAACAAGAUACUCUCUUUUGGGAAACACAUUCAAAAGUAGAAUCACAGUGGAGGAAGUACAGUGCAAUUCUAAUUCAAAGCUGUUCUGUAGUCAGCAAUUUCAAAAGGGGGG